AUGGUCACCCGCUUCAUGACGCUGACAGCGUUUGGCGGCAAGCCCACGCCCAUAGACUGGGUGCUGCGGCUGCGAGCCUAUGGCAAGAAGAUUCGCGGCGACACCAACGCAGCCGGCGUUGUGCAGUGGGUGGAAGACACCAUCAUGUACGGCUACGUGCAGUAUAGCAUGCCCCAGCUGCGCUCUAUGGUCCACGGGCUUGUGGACACGACGCGGAUGGAGCUACGCCGAGACCUGCUGCUUCUUGACGUGGACGAGCUCGGCCAGCCCGCAGACGGCGCGACUCUACUUCCAGCUAUAGAGUGGGAUAAGGUGGUGGACAACCCGGCUGAGCUGCGCGCUGGGUGGAACUUCCUGCAGGACCCGCGCAACACGUUUGGAGGCGUGGAUGGGGGGACUUGGUUAUCGCGUCGCAUUGCCGACGAGGAGAGGCUUCGCCGGACGUUUGUUGACUGUGAAGCUAGCGAUGUGUCCCCUGGUGGCCGUGGGAUUGUGUGGGCGGCAAAGCGGGUGCAGCAGUAUGAGACAGCUCUGCGGCUUUUCCGCGAGCACUUGCUGGUGGCAAUGCACAUGACGGGCGGGCAACCCGCGCGCGGGACUGAGCUGGUGACGGUCACCUACAAGAAUACGCCCAAUGGCCAGAGCCGGGGCGUCUUCGUCGAGGACGGG